AUGUUCAGAUUUUGAUGCUAAAGAUCGUGCCUGUAGAGGGAAGGUUGGCAUUUCAGAUCUGCGAAUUCCGUUGAUGUGGAAAAACUCCGAUCAUUUCAACAGCAGAGACAGAAGCAAACGUUACUCAAUUUUUUGCUUGUUCAAAAUAGGAGCUCAGGUGUAUGAUUCAGACUUGCUUAUUGUGGAUAAGGCAGCAACAGACAUAUGUUUAGAAAAUGCAAUAAUAUUCGAGGGAGCUGGGCCAGACUUCCAGCUGAAGGUGGAGGUGUAUAGUUGCUGCUGUGGGGAAGACCCCUUGACCCUCACCAACACCCCCAGGAAGCUGGUCAAGAAAUUGAAGACCUCCCUGGGGAAAAGCGCUGGGAAGAAAUUCAGCUCUGCUUUGGAUCAAAGUGACCUUGAGAAUCUCCUGCUCACCGAAACAGCCACACA